AUGGAAGAUACUUCGGAUUCAGCUCCUUCUAAAAACUUAGGUGCAGAGGUAGCGAUUAACAAUGUCAACGUACCUAUGCCUUCGUUUUCAAAUCUGGCUAUGUCCUCACAAUUAAAGAAGGAAUCUGAAAUAAUGAAUAGCAUUCUCUACCGCAUUACUAACUAUCGUGACGCAGACGGCCAUGAUGUUUCAAAGGAUUUUCAGCGAUUAGUAAACAAAAGAGUUCUACCUGAUUAUUUCGACAUCAUCAAGGAACCUAUGGCAUUCAGUACCAUAAGGAGUAAGAUUGUCAAGAAACAAUAUACAGGCUUUAAAGGAUUUGUUCGAGAUUUUGCUCUUAUAUCACAUAACGCUCAGGUCUACAAUCGUCCGUCAGCAUUAGUUUAUGGCGACUCACUAGCGCUACUCGAACUUUUCAAAACUGAGCUACAAAAAUUAGUUGACGCGGGAACCAUAAGUCCAGAAGAUGCCGAAAUUCCUUAUCUCGGUGAGAUUCCGGAGGUUGAAGAUUCCUCGCCAAGAGACCUAAAUGAUGAAGAAGCUGAGGCUGAAGAGGAAGAUGAAGAUGACGAUGAUGUCGAAGAGACUGACGAUGAGAGAAACCAGAGCAGUCGUGGGAAAAGACAGAACUACUCGAUAGCUAACAAAGGCAUUAAGAUAGAAGAUGAAACCAGAGAUGAUCCAGAGUCUUUGAAGAAACGUGGGCGACCACCUAAGGUGCACACUCCGAUGGAAGCCCGAAUUGAUAAUAUACUCAAAGGUUUGAGAAAGUUCAAAAAUCCCAACGGAGAAAAUAAAAUUCUUCCCUUCGAGAAGCUUCCUGAUAAAACGAUAAUGCCUGAAUACUAUCAAGAGAUCAAGCAACCUGUUGCCUUAGAUUUGAUAAAGAGAAAGGCCAAGCGUAAAAAGUAUAACUCAGUGGACCAACUCUUAAAAGAUAUAGAUCUUAUGUUUGAGAAUGCUAAGCUAUACAACCUCGAGGAAAGUCAAGAAGAAAAAAAUAAGCCAGACAGCGAUUUUGCUGACGAAGACGGAAGGCUUCCAUUAUCUGCGAUAUUUCACAAUGGCGAAUCUUGGAAAGUCGGGGACUGGAUCCACCUGGCGAAUCCAAACGACGUCACCAAACCUAUCGUUGCCCAAAUAUAUCGAACUUGGCAAGGUCCCGAUGGACUUAAAUGGAUAAAUGCCUGCUGGUAUUAUCGCCCUGAACAAACAGUACAUAACUACGAGAAGCAUUUUUUUGAACACGAAGUUAUGAAGACAAGUCAAUAUCGAGACCAUAGGAUUGAGGAAGUAAUUGAUCGAUGCUUUGUCAUGUUUUUUACACGUUACAAUAAGGGCCGCCCCCGUGGGCUCCCUCCUAAUAAAGCAGUCUACAUCUGUGAAGCCCGAUAUAACGAGGAGACGUUCAAAUUAAAUAAAAUAAAGACCUGGGCCAGCUGUAUUCCCGAUGAAGUUAGAGAAAAGGAUUAUGAGAUGGAUCUUUUCGAUACACCCAAAAAAUUGAAAAAGGUUCCCAGUCCAAUCAAGCAUUUGCUCCGAGAAGAUGCUAAAGAGAACGAUCCUCUGCCAAAACCUACCUGGGGUGGCGCGAAUGCCCCUCCAAUAGUUGGUGCUGUUCAUAAGAUACCUCGUGGGCCAAACGAAUCGCCGCCUCCUGAAAAAAUACCUACACCGCCUCCUCCAGAAUUAAUACGUCGAUCCUUCACUACCGAACGACCUCGAGCUGAGAAUCAAGGGGAUAUUUCAAUGACAGGCCUUGGGGUAUCAUCUAGUAUUCUUCCAGCAGCUGUUAAGCAUGGCGUGAGCAACACGUCCUACAAUAAUCAAACCACAUUAACUCGAGCUACUCCUUCACCCGUGGUGGCCCAACCAACUCCAUACAUCCCUCAUGCAAGCACGACCCAAGCUCCAACAAUUCCUGCAAAGGUUUAUCAGAAUCAAUCUACUAAUAGUCACAACCAAUACACACCUAUCCCGCCACUUGUACCACAACCAACUAAACCUUUGAACGUUUACAGCCAUUAUCAGAAUAGUAAUCCAAAACCAAGUCCUAUUCCUGCUCCAAUCAACUCUUACAAUCAACAUUCUAAUCUUUACAAUCCAACCCACUCUGUUGAGGUAUAUACUUUACCUGAUACUACUAACUCAUCUAUCCCUGCCGAUAUCCGCGACCAAUUUCACAAAGAUGACUCUGGCCGUGUAAUAUUUUUCACAACACCACCGAUCGAUGUUAAUCCUAUUAUUGAGGAAACUCAGGUCCUAUGCCAUAGCUUAAAAUAUCUCGCUGAUAAAGCUCGUCGGCGAGAUGAAGACAAUAAAAAACGUAAAGCUAGAGAAAGUAACCUAGAAUUCAUAAGUGAAGAAAACUCUCAAAGAUUUAGGACAAAUAAAAACUGCACAGAGAAUUAUAUUGCACAGCAAGGAAUUACUGCUAUAAAGAAUUGGAGCCUUGAGCUUGAGAAGGAAACAGCUAAAUUGUACGACCACUUGAUUGAUUAA